UCGGCUUGGAUACAGGACAUGGAUGAUGGACAUGGAUUCUUCCACAGCCGGCAAACGACCCAGCGCCACUCAAAGCCCACUAAAAAGUGCUACCAAAAAGAAAACCAACCCUUUAUCAGAGACAAGUCGCCAGUCGAAAAGAAAUUACGAGCAAAAACGGGCAGGCAGACGAGUAAACAUUGGACGCGCGUUUAAGUCAUGGAGGCAGCUUCAAGUUGAAUUGGGACUGAAAACAGAUGCUGACAUGGCUCAUUUCCUACUGACCAGUUUGGAUAAACAUUCUCCUAUGAUGACGUCAUCAAUAACUGAAGACAAGGGAGUUCCCUCGAUGGAGGUUGUUCUUGGCAUUGAUGAAGAUAAUUUAAGUCAAAUUACAGACUCUAAUUCUGACGAGUCAGAUGACAUUCCAGAGGAUGAGGAAGCUUCAGAGGAUGAAGAAGCAUCAGAGGAGAACAGUUACCAUGAUGACAGUAGUGACGAAGACUACGAGCCGCCUUUUUAUAUUCAAUUUGAUGGUACCUAUAAAACCAAUAAAUGCCUGAAUUCAGUUCAGUCCACCAGCAAAGAGAACACUACACAUGAUGCUGCAGAGGCGGCGGAGCAGCCAGCAGAGGCAGACAAAAUUCAAAACCUGACUGAGAGCGGCAGCACUGGAAACAGUUCUCCCACUCUGACUGGGAACCGGAAAAAUGAUGUUGGUGUAAACUUUCACCAGGACGAGGAGAAGUGUGAAAAGACCUGUUUAGCAAAGGAACCGCCCGGCUCUUCAGAGUCUGACACUAAACCUGCAUCUUCUGAGCUUGGACUCAUCCCACCUCUCCCAGACAAGCGGGCAUCAAACAAAAUGGACAAAAAAAAGUCAGGGGCAGAAUUAAUACACCGUCAGGAAUGUAAACCUGAAGUACAGCUUCAGGGUCGCAUCUCAGCACCUACGGUGCGACCAAAGAAGAGAUACAUCUGUCUAACCUGUGGAAAAGAGUUCCCUCGCAACCCUGCCCUGAAACGUCAUCUAGUCAUUCAUUCUGGAGAAAGACCUUUCAAAUGUUUUAUAUGUGGAAGAGGAUUCACCCAGGGUGGAAAUCUCAAAACACACAUGAAAACGCAUAAAGGAGAGCUGCACAAGUGGACGUUAGUGGAAGAGAAGAAAAAGGUUGAAGAACCCCCUGUAACAGCACAUAUUUGUGGAGAGUGUGGGAUGGACUUCCCCGAGAAACAGCAACUAGACGAGCACCGAGAGACUCACAAGAAGCCGUUUGAAUGUCUUGUCUGUGGUAAGACGUUCAAGUGGGGAGUUUCUCUUGAAAUUCAUCAGCGGCUUCAUUCAGAAGAUACACCCUACCGUUGUUCGGUGUGUGGAAAGAUUUGCGGCACUGCACAGACUCUCCAAAAACACGAGGCAAUCCACACGGGGAAAAAGAACUUUCACUGUGAUCAGUGUGGGAAAUCCUUUUUACACGAGAAUUACCUGAAAAUUCACCUCAAGACCCACACAGGAGAGCGUCCGCACUUGUGCUCAAUUUGUGGUAAAAGUUACUCCAGAGCAGGAAUUCUCAGAGAACACUUGCGAGUUCAUACCGGGGAGAAACCGUAUACGUGUGGGAAAUGUGGUAAAGGUUUCCGUUACGCUCAGACUUUUCAAAAACAUUGGCUAACUCACGACAAGAAGCCCAAGCCACCAUCAAGACCUCUGGGGAGACCAAAACAGCAGGUGCCAGAGGGAAACGACCAGUAAUUUUGUCUAGAAAACCUGCAGCAGUCUGAGAAAAUGUAAAAUACAUUUAGGAAAUUUCAUCUGUUAUUUGAAUUGUGUUUUAAAUGACUGAAGACCUUGGGCAAAGCAGUAUGGCAAUAAAUAACAUUUGGUAUAUUGUG